AAUCCAACUGUGCUCCUCUUACGUAUUGGACGCUAAGUCAGCUAUUUCACACCAACCCCUCCAACGUCUUUUUUUACAACUCUACCUUCCUACCAUCACUCAACUUUUCGACAUUACCACUUAUUGAUACAUCAUUACCAACAAUGUCCGCUCAAGACAAGGCCCAGCAAUACCUUGGUCAGCUCGACCGUGAGCUUUCCAAGUACCCCGCCCUCAACAACCUUGAGAAGCAGGCUGGUGUUCCCAAGGCCUACGCCGUCAUCGGUGUCGGAGCUCUCUACUUCUUCCUCAUCAUCUUCAACCUCGGCGGUCAGCUUCUUACCAACUUAGCUGGUUUCGUCAUUCCCACCUACUACUCGCUUGGUGCUCUCUUCACCCACAACAAGGAGGAUGAUACUCAGUGGUUGACUUAUUGGGUCGUUUUUGCUCUCUUUACCGUCAUUGAGAGCUUCGUCCAGGUUGUCUACUGGUUCCCCUUUUACUUUGUCUUCAAGUUCAUUUUCCUCCUCUGGCUCUCUCUCCCUGCCUUCCGGGGUGCUGAUCUCGUUUUCCGAUCUUUCCUGGCCCCUACCCUCGGCCGAUACUUCCAGCAGUCCGGCUCUACCGCCUCAGGCCUCCGUGCCAAGGCUGAUGGCCUCGACAAGACCGAGUAAACGGUCACCGCUGUGAAGCUUGGUCGCUAAUCCAAAUCUCGCGUGUUCCGCGUGACCCGGACCAAGUACUUUCGGUUAUACAUGAAUGGAAAAUUGUUGCCUUUUAGGAAUCGAGUAGCUUCAAAGUAAUGCUGCACGGUUUGAAGGUGGAUGAGAAGGAUCAACAUCAGGGUUGGGAAGUAUACAGGCUAGAGAGAGACGCUGCACUGGGCAGCUGCUUGAGCGCGAAGGGGUGACUCUUGUCAUGGCCCUGUUUGUUUGACGAAUGAAUGCCAAAGGUAUUGACUAGAAUUAUACUGAAAGACGCUCUCUUUGGAACGUCAUGAGAACACGUUUCGCGAUUAUGUCGUUUUUGCUUACCCCACAUCGCCUCACUUUGUGAUCUACAGUGUUGAAGAAAGGUCCCCUAAUUUUUCA